CCAGUUGGAGUAGACGUGGUGCUGCGAGGGGCACGAGAGGCGGCAGCGGGCGCUCACCGAGCACUUGCGGCUGUAGCGGUUGAAGAUGGGCGUGGCAGAGGGACAGGAGCACCGCGCCAACACCAGUUCCUCCCGCAGCUUCUUGCAGACGAAGUAGUGGCGACAGGAGGACCUGUCCACCAGCAUGGCGCCGUCACGAGGGCAGCCCGGCAUGCACAGGCCACUGCGAGUCUGAGGUGGAGAGGGACGGUGCUUCAGUGAGAGUAUGCAUGGCAUGUUGCUGCUGCCCCGCCGCCCUGCACGACGCCUGCUUGUUAGGAGAGGGACGGUGUUUCAUUGAGAGUAUGCAUGGCAUGUUACUGCUGCCCAGCCGCCCUGCACGACGCCUGCUUGUUAGGUCAUUGAUAGCAGCUACAAUACACAGCAAACUCACCAGAUCUCCAUCAUAGUCUUCGCUGUACUCGUAGUCGUCCUCGUAGAAGCUAUAGUCGUCGUCCUCCUCCUCCAGGGGCAUCGGAGAGGCCACGCAGAGCACUAACACCGCCGCCACCACCACCGCCACCCGCACCAGCCCCAGCCACACGCCCAUCGCCGCCGACCCUCAGCUGUGGCGACCACUGAAUUCUUGGUGGUUCUGAGGAGCAGAGCUGCUACCUCCCGCUGCCAGCUGGUCCUCCAUUGCCGCCGCCGAGCCCUCACUGCCCGGAAAAUGCUCCGUUCAGCCCUCUCUAGAGCCUCCUGCCUCGCCCGGGCUUCCCUCCUGGAGACGGCCAGCAGGGUACCAGCAGCCACAGUGAGCCGUAAUGUGUCCAAGCACAGUACUGAGACUGACGCAGAGCUGGACGCCCGGUACGAGGCUUACUUCUCCAGGAACGACAUUGAUGGCUGGGAGAUCCGUAAGGCCAUGAAUGACUUGUGUGGCAUGGACCUUGUACCUGAACCCAAGAUUAUCAUUGCUGCCUUGAAAGCCUGCCGUCGGGUGGAUGACUAUGCCCUUGCUGUUCGUUUCCUGGAAGCUGUCAAGGAGAAGUGCGGCAACAAACAGAAGGAGAUCUACCCAUACAUCCUGCAGGAGAUUGGGCCCACCCUGAAGGAGCUUGGUGUCAGUACCCCAGAAGAACUUGGCUAUGACAAGCCAGAGCUGGCCCUUGCUAGUGUGUAUGACUAAGGUGAUUAACUGUUCUUUGUAUAUUUUUCCAAAGUUACAACUCAACCCAUUCAUGAAAUAGAGCAACGUGUUAAUUGUCUUGGUGUAAUUACUCGGUGUGGAAACUUCCCCAUGUGUGUGGAGUUCUACAGAGUUUGUACAGAGUGAAGAUUCUCCAUAUAUAAAGUUAAUAAAUUAUGUACAGAUGGUA